GGCGCAACGCGCUUUCUCGGUCGCCUUCGCCGUCCCGCUCGACGACGCUCUCUUCCGCUCGUCUGCCUCCACCGCGCCCAUCAGGAUCCCUCGCACACUCCCCUGGCUGCCUGUGCUUGUCCCGGGCUGGUCUCUGUCGACGCCCCUUCCUUUCUUUCCCUAUCGUCAACAGGUCUGCAGCCCGUCCCGACCUCUGCAUUCACGUCUCAACAUUCGUUUGCUCCCAUGUCGGACGACACAAGAUCGAGCACAAACGUGAGCAGCAAGAGCCGCAAGCCCCCGCGUCCGCGCAUCCUGGUCGUCAACAAUCCAGGCCCGGAUUCCAGCAGCGACUCAGAGGAGAUGAAACAGACUUCCAACUCGCACAAACCUGACUACAGUCGCCGACCUCUCCCGAGUCCUGGGCGCAGUGCAGCGGUGGAGAGACCGCAGCCGUCUACGAGCCGUGUCCCUCUCCCUCCUCCGCUCACUACGGACAUUCAAUUUCCAGACCAGAAGGGUUAUCAUUCGAAUCCAUCGAAUCCAGCCCUGUCGUCUCCUUCAAGCACCAGCUCGCCUGCCGUCGAGUCGACGCCACCCCCCAGCACACCUGGGCAAAGUGCACCGUCUGUGGACUUGUCGGGCGAGGGCACCCUCCGGCCGGAGAUGGUUGCGCUUGCCUCUCCAGAUCGCAACGACGCGUUCUGCCAGCGCUCGGCGGCACGGAUAGUUGAUACCCUCAAGUCUCCAUUUUCGCGUCGCCCUCAUGUCCGGAGAUCUUCGCAGAAUAGCAGGCCGUCAAGCUCGCCGACAAGCUCGACACCCGACGCUUACACGCCCCACUCUCAAGUCCAGCCCACCAGUAGUGCAUCUGACUCUUACUCUGCGGCGUAUGCCUCAUUCCAGCCGGGCACGUCUGCGCCCAGUUUCUACCUGCCCCACCACUUUCCAAAGGUCGCGGCGAAGCCUAUUGAGAAGGUGGCCUUGCUGGUCACUACGAAUGCCGACAACUUUACCCUUGUCGAUGCCAGCGGUGCGAUGACUGGCGCUUUCAUUCGGGAACGAAUAUUCUCCAAGGUAUGCGCUCCAAAGUUGUUGGUCUUCAGAUUCGUUGAUCAUCUAUUUCCGUAGUUGCUGGUGUCAGAUGAAGCACAGUCGAGUUAUUCCAUUUAUCGCACGGAGGUGGCAAAGUUUGCCAUCGGCGAUGCCCUCACGGACGAAGAGCUAUUUAGCUU